UUCCACCUCCCUAUUCCGUACUUCGGAAUCCCAUGAGAUGUGCGCAUGCGCAAUUGCUUCAGUACGCUCGCGUUUUUGCUUUAGUUCAGAAGAAUUUACGUCGCUCUCAUAUUUUAUCUCUCAGCGCUUGAGAUAAGAGGUUUGUUUGGAAGAAGAAUUGUGGGAACUACGAGUGUAGUCCCAGUGGUGAUUAAUCUCGAGUCUUUUGGGGUAGACACGCAGUGUCCGUGGUGAAAAUUGACUCUUUUGGUUUUUGACCGAGACGGCCCCUGGUCGUGGUCAUCCCUGUCAUGGCGGCUCCCCUGGGGUCAGACAAGGGACCAAGCACUGACUUGGAAAAUACUUCUCGACAGAGUAUUUUUGAGAUUGUGGACAAUAUCAGAGGAACUUUGAUCAACCCAACCACUCCUGAUCUAGGUAUGUCAAACUGUGCACAACUUUCUAGUCCCUCGGGGACUGGACAACCUCAGGGGUCGAAGGUCAGUGACAGGGUUGAAGCCACAGAUGCCGUGGACCAUCAGACUGAUAGACAGCCGUCUUUCUCAUGGGAACACUGUAUGGAAUUCAUGAUGGCCAGUCAAAGAGCUCAGUGUGCUUCUAUGGAGAAAAUCAUUGGAUCGGCUAUUUCUAACUUUGGGAAAGUUAUUUCUCAGCAAGGGGUUUCGGGUGGUACCGAGCAGACCCGAAGUUCACAGAUCGUGGCUUCAACUUCGGUGAGUGGAGAUGGCACCGGAGAUUCCCGAAGUGGGGCGGAUGCAACUUCCGGGGAUAACCAACAUGGCGGCGCCCGUGAUGUAUACAGUGACGACGAAGGGCUUGUUGGAGACGAUUCUGAGUCGGAUUGUUUUGAUUCCCUUCAAUCAAACCUGUGCGAAACCAAAGAAAACCCCGAGGACGACAAUAUCAUAACUCUUAUGGCUGAUUUUCAUGAGUUCUUUGGAGAAGACGACGAUACUUCGGAAUCGUUGAGAGAGGACCUGGCCAAAUCAGUGAAUGAGGGUAUGACUAAGAGCCCGCACAUGGGAAAAUUGAAAGAGGUGAUGGGGAGAUACAAGAGACCUAAGAAUUGUGAGGCAUUGAGGGUCCCAAAGGCCAAUGAAGAAAUAUGGCAACAGGCCAAACCGGCUACGAGGACUAGAGACUUGAGGGCCCAACAGACCCAGGGGUUAAUGGUGAAAGCCAUGAUUCCCUUAAUCCAAUUAACAGAUGCACUCAUGAGUGCCAUAGUCACAAAAUCAGAAGUGGACAUUAAAGACACACUCAUGAAAGCUACUGAUUCAAUAAGACUCCUUGCAGGGGCUCAUGGCGAUCUAAAUACCAAGAGACGCGAAGGGUUUAAACCUGAUCUCAAAGGCCCCUACAAAAACUGUGUUUUGCUAUGCCAGGGAAGAAUUCAGGAACAUAUCUGUUCGGGGAUGAACUUGGAAAACGCAUCAAAGACAUUUCUGAUGCCAGUCAGCUUGGGUGCAAACUUGGCCAAGGCACAUCAUGGCAACCUAGUCGCCACAGAUAUAGGGGAAAUCAGAGAUUUGACCCCUACAGGCAACAGACACAACCCAUCAGGACAGGAAAGGGUUUCCCCAACAAGGUUAAGAGCUCCAGGGGCAGAGGAAACCAACAUGGUGGUUUUUUAAACCGACGUCCCAGGGAGGACAACUUCAGAAAAUAGCGGAAACACUAGACAGUGACAAUAGUGCAGAGUGUGAUUGGACGAGUAGUUCAGAAAAUCAAGAUGGAGGCAGCAGAAGCUCUCAUGAUAGCACCCCUAUGGUCAACACAGAGCUGGUUCAAUUCGACUGUCGAAUUGUCAGUCGACUGUCCUCGAUUGCCGCCCAAGUCCAAGCACCUCCUGACACUCGGCCAUCUACCACUGAAAGUACACCCACUACUUCAACAAGGCAAGUUGAAACUGGCGGCCUUCCGCUUGUCCGGGAAGUCCUGCAAGGUCAAGGAAUUCAGGGCUCUGCUGCAGACAUCAUCUUGCAUUCAUGGAAAGGUACCACCAAGAAACAGUAUAGGACAUAUCUGCGAAGGUGGAUGCAAUUUUGUUGUGAAAGGGGUAUUAAUUCCAUUUCACCAUCUUUAAAUGAUGGUUUGAGUUUUUUGGAGCUUCUUUAUCAGAAAGGACUGAGUUAUUCUGCUAUAAAUUCAGCACGGUCUGCGUUAUCAUCUGUAGUAAAAGUAGAUAAUGUGCAAUUUGGACAGCAUCACCUUGUCAUACGAUUUAUGAAGGGUAUAUUCAAUUUAAGGCCUAGCUUCCCCAGAUAUAACGUCACAUGGAAUGUAUCUGUUGUUUUGCAAUAUCUUAAAGCACAAUCUGACUCAGAUUUGAAAGAGCUUACUACUAAGUUGGCUAUGUUACUGUUAUUAUUGUCAGGACAACGUGUUCAAUCCCUCCAUUUGAUAGACUGUAGAAAUGUAGAUAUUGUAGACAAUAGUAUUAGGAUUAGAUUUGGAGAUUUAUUAAAGCAAACAAGACCUGGACACCAUCAAGGGGAGAUAACCAUCCCUGGAUUUUCAGACAAUAGAUUAUGUGUUGUUAAGUUGCUCAAAGACUAUGUUCAUGUGACUAAAGACCUCAGAGGAGAUGAAACUGCUUUGUUUAUUGCAGUACAAAAGCCUCACAAACGAGUGAGCAAAGACACUAUUUCCCGAUGGAUUCGAGGUGUUCUUGCUGCUGCAGGAAUAAACCUGGCAAUGUUUAAGCCUCACAGUGUGAGAUCAGCCUCAACAAGCGCAGCUGCAGCUGCCAAUGUGCCACUCGCCACUAUUUUGAGGACUGCUGGUUGGAGUAACCAAUGUGUGUUCAGGCAGUUCUAUGAUAAGCCUAUAUCUGACAAUGGACAAUUCGGAGAGACUUUAUUGUUAAUGGCUCAGAAUGAUAACCCUUAAGGUUAAGUCUCACCACAGAAACACUUAUUACCUUGUUUGAUUUAUUGCAUAAUGACAACAUGGGUUGUUUAUUUGUCUUUUUCAAUUGAUCAGUCAGUGUUGUGAUCAUAUGUUUUAGUAGUGCCAUGUUGACCUAGUAAAUUUUGGACAGCAG